CAUAUUUUUAUCUAAACACAGUUCUCCACCUCUACUGUAUACGUUUAUAUUGUCAGUUAAAAGCAGCACAUUCCUUAAUGUGUUUUGUCCUUAAAGCCAAAUGUGUCUCUGACUUCUUACUUAGUAUUUGUUGCCUAGUUUAAUGUUUCUAAAUGUAAAAAAAAAGUUUAACAUACAUCAAAAGUUAUAUAUGUGUACAGAUGUGUAUUGACAUACAUGCAUAUGUAUGUAACGAGAUUGAAUUAACGUACAUAUAUGUGUGUACAUAAGUAUAGAUAUACUGUGAUUUGUCAUUCUUAAAUUAUCCAACUUACGUCACGAGUUAAAGAAAUAAAAUAAUCAUUGGAUCGCAUGCCAUUUACAUGGUCUCCGUUUUUAAUAUGACAUGUAGCUCUGCUUGUAGAGAAGCUAAUUGUACAAUAAAUGUAUUAUUGCACGAUACAAAAACUCUCCAAAUCAACUCUGUGUAUAAACUGUUCUACACAAAGCGGCAUUCCAUUUAUAAUUUAUAAAAUCUGAAGAAGAAACAGCGGAGUAAAGUUAUAUACAUAAUUGAAAAUAUAACGAAACACGUUUAUAUUCCACUGAAUAUCGAAAAUCGUAAUGAAUUUAGCCCAGCAACUGGAAAAAAGCAAGCUGUUUAAGUGGUGCUAUUAUAGUGUAUUUACACUAUCUGUCAACUACUUGACUUGCGGUAACGACGGCAUCCUCCACCCGUCAAACGGGGCGAGUCCGAGCUUGGUGAUUCUACAAAAGGAGUACAUCAAGCAGUUUUACUUUGAAAAGCGCGUGGGCAGCGGAGGAGGAGGAGUCUUUGGAUGAUGUUUUGGAUGAUUAAAAAGUCGCUGGUGUAGUGACAGCACUUUAGCAGCAGAAAACAAUCCAACACAGAUCCAGCAUCAGAUCUCCACUGAUCCUUGUAGAAGAAGACAACGAAAGCAGCCCAAGAAAUCGCGUUUAAAAAUUUUGGAUAUUAGCAAGUGGAAGUAUUCCUUACUCUACAAUAAAUUAAACAGGCAAGGCAGUGCUAAAAUGAAAUUUAUGGAAUUCACCACCGAUCGUCUAAACUGCUUAAUAAUACCAUUGUUAGAAGAUCAAGUGUUCAGCUGACAUUUCAGCUCGGUCACCAACAUUUUCUCAGUCUUUAGUGUAAAAUAAUCAGUAUGGACACGUAGCAAUGCUAGCCUGUAGAAAGCUCUGUUAGCAAAACUAAACCCUUCUUUUAGUUUUGUAUAAUUAAAUUAUUAGAAAUAUGUUUACUAAUGACGACUCAUGUGGCAUUGCCAUUGGCUCUACACGUACUGAGGCAUUGCAGAUGAAUUCAAUACCGCCGAAAGUAGUAACAAAAAAUCUUCAAUUUCGAGACUUGGAGGAUUUUGACACUGAACAAAAUAGCCCUGAGCUCUCUGGAAUAGCUACAAAAAACAAAUUAUUAAAGCUUAAUUGGUGGCAUUCAUCAGCUCAAUCGCGGGAAGUGGAACAACAGAAUAAUUUGGAAAAUAAUAAUACUUUACUUAAUUGCUGUGGUAACAAUACACCAAAAACAAAGCCGAUACUAUCAUUUCAUCACGAGGAACAUCAUCAUGAUGCCAAAAGUGAACCUAAUAUGGAAGAAUAUGAAUAUCUUAAGGAUUCACAUCGUCUUGUCGAUGCUUCUGAACCGUGUACUACGGGUGGCAUUUUAAAUCCAGGCCAGGAGGAUCAAAUGCAAAUUAUUGGCUAUCGGCGCUCUCGAAUUCGCACCAUUUUGUGCUGGACUUGUAUAUUAUUAACCGCUGGAAUCUUACGUCUGGUGUUGCAUUGGUGGCGUCAUUUGUAUUUAUUUGCCACUUGCUGCCAGUGUUCGUUAGAGAACGCGGAACAGGUGUUAAUAACAGAGGACUAUCAAGGGAAACAUAAGCUAUAUCAUGUGAAGCGUAUUCAGGUUUUGAGUGGAAACAAUCUCAAAACCUUAUUGCCCAAAGAGAACGACGGCAUGGACUUGGAAAAUCCCCUGGGCCUUUCUGUACAUUUCACAUCAGCGCAGUUCAAAAGAUGUUCAACCCUGCGAAUAUUUCGAUGUAAACAAUUGGUUUAUGCUUGGGAUAAUUCCCAAAAUGGUUUUCGACGGAUUAAUGGCCUGGACUUGAAUAUAUUCUGCUCGUAUUAUCAUCAACAGAAGGGAUUAAGUAUGGAUGAACAACUUUCGCGACGUAUUGUAUUUGGGGAUAAUGCUAUAACUGUACCGUUGCGCGAUGUCAAGACUUUACUCUUUCUCGAAGUUCUAAAUCCCUUUUAUGUCUUUCAAAUAUUCUCAGUGAUCUUAUGGUUUACAUAUGAUUACUAUUAUUACGCAUGCGUCAUACUAUUAAUGUCCAUGUUUGGCAUAACUGUUUCUGUUUUACAAACUAAAAAGAAUCAAGACGUCCUGAUAAAAACUGUUUACAACACUGGCAACGCUUUGGUCGUGGACCCGCACGGUUUAUCCAAGGAAUGUCCAACGGAAUCGUUAGUACCCGGAGAUAUCAUUGAAAUACCAUCGUCUGGAUGUACAAUGCAAUGUGAUGCCGUAUUGUUGUCAGGAAAUUGCAUUCUCGAUGAGUCAAUGCUAACGGGAGAAAGCGUGCCGGUAACCAAAACGCCAUUGCCCUCAAAGCGGGAUGUUAUAUAUGACAAAAAAGAACAUGCUCGACAUACGCUCUUUUGUGGAACCAAAGUUAUUCAAACGCGGUAUAUUGGAUCAAAAAAAGUAUUAGCUUUUGUUAUAAAUACUGGAAAUAUAACGGCCAAAGGGGAGUUGAUCAGAUCUAUUCUAUAUCCCCCACCCGUGGAUUUUAAAUUUGAGCAAGAUUCCUACAAGUUUAUACAGUUUCUUGCUUUAAUAGCUUGCAUUGGAUUUAUUUAUACACUAGUGACCAAGAUAUUACGUGGCACAGAUCCUGUCAAAAUAGCUGUUGAAUCUUUGGAUUUGAUCACUAUUGUUGUCCCACCAGCCCUGCCAGCAGCAAUGACGGUUGGACGAUUCUAUGCACAGAAACGUUUAAAGGUUAGCGAAAUAUUUUGCAUUUCGCCCCGAUCGAUUAAUGUGGCUGGAAGCAUUAAUUGCUGUUGCUUUGAUAAGACUGGGACCCUUACCGAAGAUGGUCUAGAUAUGUGGGGCGUUUUACCAAAAUCAUCAACGAAUCAAUUUCAAAUUCCAUUAAAAAACGUCAAACGAUUGCCGUACGAUCAUUUUCUUUUCGGAAUGGUCACUUGUCACUCGAUUACCGUAAUGAACGGUAUUUUGAUGGGUGAUCCGCUGGAUCUAAAGAUGUUUCAGUCCACAGGCUGGACUCUAGAAGAUUCAAGCAAUAUACCAGAUAAUGAAAAAUAUGGUUUGCUUUAUCCAACCAUUUUGAGGCAACCAAGAAUGGCGGUAACGGCAAACGAUAACGAUAACGAUAAAUAUAUUCCCAAGGAAAUUAAACGACAAUCUUCGGUUGAUGAUAUAUUGGCUUCCGUUGGAAUUUCCCAUAAUGAGCGAACCUUUGAUCAUGGAAUUGUACGAGAAUUUCCAUUCACUUCCAGUUUACAACGAAUGUCGGUGCUUACCCGCUGUCUUAGCUCGCAAGUUUUUAAUGUUUACUGCAAAGGUUCACCAGAGAUGCUACAGAAAUUGUGUACGCUCCAGAGUCUGCCCGAUGACUACACGCAUCAGCUAUCGACUUUUGCCAAGAAAGGUUAUCGAAUUAUUGCCAUUGCCUUUAAGGCUUUGUCACCAAAAAUGAAUUAUACCAAAGUUCAGAGACUAGCCCGGGAGGAUGUCGAAUCGAACUUAACAUUUUUGGGUUUCGUAAUACUCGAGAACCGCCUGAAACCGGAUACUGCGCGAGUUAUUAAUGCGUUAAAUGAAGCAAAGAUACGUACGAUAAUGAUAACUGGCGAUAAUAUUUUAACAGCGAUGAGUGUGGCUCGGGAUUGUGGAAUUGUAAGGACUGCGCAAGCUGUUAUAACAGUUCACGCUGAUGCAGUUGGCCACACUAAUCAAUUUGGUUCAGCAGAAGCUGAGGGAGCUGGUUCCUCCAAACGUGCCAAUAUUGCUAAUGAAAGUCUGCAUCAGCAAUUUAAGCUUCAGUAUACAUUGGAUUUGGGCAGUAAAAUAACAUCAUCGCACCUGGAAUGUAAUGGAAAACCGAUGCCCCUGAAUUCAUCAUCAUAUUCAAUAGCCAAUAAUGAUGUUAAUGAUGGUACAUCAAGUAUAAACACUGUCCUUCCCACGAGUGAUAGUUUGGCGAGUGUUAAAACAACAGAAACAUGGACACAUAACAUGGAUAUAACAGAUGUGGAAGUGGGUUUACAACUUCAGGAUGAUAACAGCUGGAGAAAGCAAUAUGUUUUCGCUAUGGAUGGCAAAACUUGGCAAAUCAUAAAAGAAAAUUUUCCGGAAAAAUUGGGGAAUAUAUUAACUCGUGGCUCUAUCUAUGCCAGAAUGUCACCGGAUCAAAAGCAGGCGUUAAUAAUGGAGCUUCAGAAUUUGGAUUACUGUGUGGCCAUGUGUGGCGAUGGAGCCAAUGAUUGUGGUGCUCUUAAGGUAGCUCAUGCUGGCAUUUCUCUAAGUGAAACAGAAUCCUCCAUAGCAUCGCCAUUUACCUCACGAAGCCCAACAAUUGCUUCCGUUAUUAAUGUGAUAAAGGAAGGACGGGCGGCGCUGGUCACCUCUUUUGGCAUUUUUAAAUACAUGGCCGCUUAUUCACUUGUUCAAUUUAUUUCUGUUAUGAUUCUCUAUUCAAUCGAUUCGAAUCUAACUGAUAAACAAUAUCUAUAUGUAGAUCUUGGUUUAAUAUCCAUAUUUGCCUUCUUUUUUGGAAAAACGGAAUCAUUUGAUGGCAAUUUGGUUAAGCAGGUUCCUCUUAGCUCGUUGAUAUCUUUAACUCCAUUGGCUUCCCUACUGCUGCAUUUGACUGUGGUAACCGGAUUUCAGAUGGCGGGCUGGUUUCACUUGCAUCUGCAGCCCUGGUUCGAACCCUUUCAGUCUCAGUCGGAUGAAGAGCAUUUGGGUUGUUAUGAAAACUAUACUAUGUUUUGCAUUUCCAGCUUCCAAUACAUAAUCCUCGCCUUUGUCUUCUCUAAAGGUGCACCAUAUCGUAAGCCACUAUGGUCAAACUAUCCACUAUGUUUGGCAUUUAUUAUAAACUUAUGUAUAAUUAUCUAUUUAACUGUUUAUCCGAGCCAAUGGAUAGCCAAUUUUUUCCAACUCGUUGUACCUCCGGUAAUGAGUUUUCGUUAUGUAAUGUUACUUUAUGGCUUGUCAGCCUUCAUAUGCCAUGUUUUUGUGGAGAGUUUUCUCGUUGAAUAUUUGGUAUUUAAAAAAUAUCAAGUGAAGCGUGAUCAAAACUGGCUUACAUCGAAACAAAAAUAUAUGAGACUUGAGUAUGAUGUUUUGAAUAAUGUUAAUUGGCCGCCAAUAAGUGAGGUUUACGAGGAGCCCAAUGGUUUCAUUGAAUGGGAAGUCGAACAACAGCAUUAUGUUAAUUUGGGAGCUGAGCAAAGCAAUUAUUCGCCGCAAAAUAGCAAGUUUCCGGGAUUUUUUGAAGCAACGUCAGCUAAAUAAUAUGUAAGUUAACAGUGAAGAUAGUACUUUGUAAAAGAGAAAUGCAUAGUAAUCCUAUUUUUAGGUAUACGGUUUUAGAGUAAGCUUCUGCCAUUAUAAUCAAGAAUAUUUUGUACUUAAAUAUACUAAGUUUGUACAAUAUUAUAUUAAGUGUUACGUAAAAUCACCUAAUAAAUAAGGACAUAUGUAAAAUUGGAAUUGCAUUCAAAAUACAUUUAAGUUUUAUUUAUUUUAUGAAUUUUUUCGCAGAAUAACUUUAAUUUAUAUAAAAUUAAGAAGUAGGA